CUUUUCCAUCCACUACCUACAAUUCACUACCUUCUAUCCACAACGACAAGAACCUUUCAAGAUGGACGGACCAUCUCCCGAACAUCCGCUAACCAGAAGAAACCUCGGACAGUUAGAAGAACAAGCCUUUUUGAGUCCUGCCUCAUCGACAGACCUACCUGAUGAUAGGCUUGCACGCGCGAAGCGACAAGUGUACAGCUUCCUCUGGAGCUUGAAAAAGAUUGGCACCAAAGGCGAGCAGAUUCUCCACCACGCAGACCUCCAGAUUGUCGGCUACGACGUCCAAUAUCGAGGUGCAAGACAACCUCCCCCCGAUCUCGACGAUCCCACAUUCUGGGCUAGCGAACUACAGGCAUACGAACGAAAAUACACCCCAAUAUUGAGAUUGGAACGGGUGAAGGGACGGGUGCGCGCAGCGAUGAUCAGUCUCCAGAGCUUUAGGGAAGGUCUCCAGGCUCUGGAACUGGACGAUCUUCGCAUUACCAGCGCCGGCGCUUUCCUCUAUCGUGGCCCCAGUGAUAGGAAGCCGAACUUUGAAAACCUAGCAUACUGGGAAAGCAGAUUAACGUACUUUGACGACUUAUACAACGAUCUGUUCCAAAAAUGCCGGCCAAGGCCUCCGCCUGCAUCGGAAUUUGCAUCGGACUCGGAAGUGGAGGAGCACAAAGCUGACGAGGUGCUCAAGGACGACUGGAACAGGAGGCAGAAGGACAUACAAACAUGGGCGCUUGGACAAUCCAUGCCCAUCGAGUUCAGCCCAAGCGACACACUUGAUAUUCUCCAUCGUCCAGAUGGGACCGGUUUGAAUGCUGCUCAGAAGGGCUCGCUGCACAAUUUAACAGAUGCGCCCUCUCAUUCAAAUAGUGCUUCCGCUUCGAAGCGUAUAAAGAGAAAAAACUGUCACUCAGAUACACUAAGCCUCCAAAAUAGGGAGAUAGAUGAUCGUCCAAGCAAGUGUCACAAAACCAAGAGGUAUAGCGGCGCGUUGCAUACUAUGGGAAAAGUAAGCGGCACAUCCUGCAACCAGCAGCGACAGAUGAAAGGGACUAGGAAAGCCCAGCGGGAAAACAGUGGUAUUCUGGGUGGCCAAGCGGAACCUGGCAGCCAAGAACUGAGGAGGAGUCGGCGCAUAGCUGGACUGCCGAAAAAGAACUAUCGCAUUUGAUUGACGAGUUGCCUGGUUUGAUCCACAGUGCGCUGAACUACUCGACGUACGCGACCCUUUUCAUAACUGCUAGGCAGAGCCAAGCUUGUUCGGAACUGCUCCUUAAGCCAAGACACACUGGAAGUUUGGCAAGGCGUAGCUGCAUGCAGUACAGAGAGGACCGUCCAGAUCCCGGGUAUAAAGCGCGUCCCAGCAAGCUUUUCUAAAAGACCGAACGGCCCUAAUCCAGCCUCUGAACACACUUUACCGGGAAGAUUUGCAGCACGGUGUCUUGAGCGGCUCUGUGUUGGGUCAGAACAUCUGCGAACGGCUAUGGGGUAAGAGUAGAUAGACUAUAACCUAUGGAAGUAAUAACUUGUGCGGA